UUUCACUAGUUUAUUAUAGUUAAAUCACGCGAAAUGGCGUUUGCUGAAAUAACGUAUUUGUAGGUGCUGCCAUCUAGGAAAACAAAAUGGAAGAGGCGGAGGUGGGAGUGUCUCCAUCCAAUAAAGAACUGGUUGAGGAGUUAGUUGAUGAUUAUGGAACCUAUCUUACAAUCGACGCAAGUCAAGAGAAGCAGCGGUUUGAGGAAUCUAUUGAAGAUCUCCUUACAAGACUUGAUGAAUAUUGCGGUUUAGUUGAUCUGAUUCGCAGUGAUAGCACAUUGAACUUGACUAAGACACUGCCAGAGAUUUAUGCAAAGAGUGCAGAAAUGCAACUGGUGUUUGAACGCAUAGACCAACUUGAGACAUUCGUUGCCAUGGUAUCAGAGAACGUCAGCAAAAUGGAAGUUCAGGUGAACAAAGCAGAAUCGGAACAUGGAUCCAUGAGCUCAAUCAAGAAAAUCUUCUCAAAUAUUUCUUUUCCAUUUUCAAAAAAGCCAGUUACCAAGCCUAAGACGGAGCCAAAACUACAAUUCAACAGACCUACCAUAUUUAGAACAGAACAGUUCUUUCCAGUCACUGACGAGGUGUCUGAUGCAUCUGCUGCAGUAGCAUCUAGCGAGGGCACUGUCAUUAGUGAGGAGCCAAACAUAGGUGCUUCUUUGGACAAUAGUGAUGCAAAUAUUACUAAGACUUGUGAAAGUGUGAAUAGAAUUGAGGAAGCAGAGGAAGCAGCAAACAAUGCAAGUGACAAUGCUAAUCUUGAAACAGUAGAGGCAAAGGGUGAUGAGACACCAAGUGAUAAGGCUGAGACACCAAGUGAAACGUCUGCUACUCAAAGUAGUAAAGCAUAAUCUUGCCUCUGUUUUACAAUGGAAGUCCAUAUGAAUUUAGUGGCUCAGGGAUUCAAAAAGCAAUACAGUAUUUCACACAUGGGAUUGUCUUUUCCAUUUGAAACGCAAUCUUAGAAAAAACCAGGAGUGUCAAUAAUGUCAUGUGUAUAGUGAACAUGUUUUUGCUUAGAAAAAAAGUUCACUGGAUGUAGGUGCUAACAAGUAACUACAAACAUGUGUGAUUUUUCGUUAUUUUGCAGUAUUAUGGACGAGUAGAGACCUAUUUGUGAACCAGAUUAUCUACAAAGCUAUAAUGAUCAAACACAUUUCCUGUCAAACGAAAACAAAUCUUAUUAAGAAUUAUAAUUUGUCACACUUGUUUGAAUAGAACAGAUUAUCAAAAUCUCAAAUUGGCCAUUUAAUUUUUUAGACAAGAAACGUAAAUUUCUUAACUCUAAAAGGCAGUCAUAGAAAAUUCACAGAUAUCGUAGAUAUCCUCGUAUAUUUCAUUCAAUCAUGUUCACUAUACAGUGAUCAUUUAAUCAAUUUCAUCAAGAUUUCUUUUUACUGUUUAAAGUAGGUAGAUGUCACUAUAGGGAUGUAUUCAAACUUUGGAGUUAAUGGGAAAAAACGGUUUUGUUGAAUAAAAUCGAUAACGACAUGGGAUUCACCCGAGAGAUGUUCCGUAAUACAGGUUUUCCCCAUGACAUUUACGAAUUGAUAGUUUAUUGCUUUUUGAGUCCCCAUAGUGAGUAUGAAAGAUAUAUAAUUUAUUAUUAAUUUGCAAAUACAAUGAAAUUGUAUGCUACAGUACUGAAUGUAAAUAUUAUUCGGAGUAAGGUCAAAGACUAAUAACAUUAAUGGAUGCGGGAUUCAUCAAGGGAGAAAUAGAACUAUUGAAAAACUCAGUAUCUUUGUCAGUUUGUUUUAUUAAAUAUAUUUUAU